CAAAUUUUUAACAACUACAGGAGAAAAAAAAAUUCCCCAAAACAAUUUGAAUAAGAAAACCCUAAAUCCCCAAAUUCCCCUCUCUCGUCACCACCCUCCCAAAUUCCCAAUUCAUCGCCAUUCACGCGCGCUAUGCUUACAGCCUGAUUAUCACAUCGGGACUUCAAGGUAUUUCUCUGCUAGAACAUGGCGGAAACGCUGGCUAGGACGCCGAACCAGACAUCGCCGACGCGUUCGAGGUCGGUGACGGAGACGGUGAACGGGUCGCACCGGUUCGUGAUACAGGGAUACUCUCUGGCGAAAGGCAUGGGCGUCGGUAAACACAUAGCGAGCGAAGAAUUCACGGUGGGAGGGUACAAAUGGGCCAUUUAUUUCUACCCCGACGGGAAGAACCCCGAGGAUAACUCAACCUAUGUCUCGGUGUUCAUUGCGCUGGCGAGCGAGGGUACUGAUGUGCGGGCGCUCUUCGAGCUCACGCUCAUGGAUCAGAGCGGGAAAGGGAAGCAUAAGGUGCAUAGCCAUUUCGAUAGGUCGCUCGAGAGCGGGCCCUAUACGCUGAAAUACCGCGGUAGCAUGUGGGGGUACAAGCGUUUUUUCAGGAGAGCUAUGCUUGAAACAUCAGAUUUUCUUCGAGAUGAUUGCUUGAAGAUCAACUGUACAGUUGGAGUUGUUGUUUCUGCCACUGAUUGUUCUAUGUUACACUCUAUUCAGGUUCCAGAAUCUGAUAUUGGGUCAGACAUUGGGAUGCUUUUAGAAAACAUGGAAGGUUCUGAUAUCAUAUUUAAUGUAUCCGGGGAGAAAUUCCAUGCCCAUAAGUUGGUAUUAUCUGCCCGUUCCCCCAAGUUUCGGUCUGAGCUCCUCGAAGGAGUGGAUAUUGAAGCGGAAGAGGUUAUGGUACCGGACAUGGAACCUAAAGUUUUUAAGGCGCUGCUGCACUUUAUCUACCUAGAUACCUUGGCUGAAGAUGAGCUGAUAGCAUCUAGUUCUUGUUCUACACAUUUGGUAGCUGACACCCUGACUGCAAAAUUGCUGGCUGCAGCUGAUCGUUAUGACUUAGAAAGACUCAAAAGGAUAUGUGAAUCUCAUCUGUGCAAAGAUAUAUCUGUAGAUUCAGUUGCACAAGUACUUUCUUUGGCAGAUUGUUAUCAUGCUGCAGAAUUGAAAGAUGUCUGCCUUAAAUUUGCCGCUGAGAACCUGGCAGCUGUCAUGCGUUCGGAUGGUUUUGAAUAUCUUAAAGAAAAUUGCCCAUCUAUACAGUCUGAGCUUUUGAAGACAGUGGCUGGCUGUGAUGAAGACUGCAGCAAUGGUGGUGUCAAGUCCGGGAGUGUGUGGGCUCAGCUCUCUGAUGGCGGUGACAACAGCAGCCGGAGAGUUAGGCAACGAACUUGAUUUUGGAAGGUAGGAAUGAUAGCUAAGGAGUGAACAAUAUUUUCUGUAACAAUUGUAAUUAGCAAGUAAUGUUUUGUAUUUCGUUCAGAAAAUUAUGGUGACAGAUUGAAGUUGGUUCAUUUACUCUGCUUAUUGUACCUUAUUGUGCUUUGAUCCAAAAAUUGAAUUCAAAAGUACUCCUUGAAACAA